AUGAUACUCAUAGAUUUUGAGUUAAUCCACGGAACGAACCUGAACUAUGUCGUUAUAAUUUCUCUCGUAUCAGCUCUUUACGGAAUAUGCCUGAUUACAUACCGUCUUCUGUUUUCUCCCUUGGCCAAGUUCCCAGGCCCCAAAUUGGCUGCUGUGUCCCGAUGGUACGAAAUGUACUUCGAUGUCAUUUGUGGAGGCAUAUUUUUAUGGGAGAUUGAUCGGAUGCAUGAGAAGUAUGGACCGAUUGUACGAAUUAGCCCCUAUGAGCUCCAUAUCAAAGAUCCAAGUUACUACAACACUCUUUAUGCUGGACCAACUAAGAGGCGAAAUAAAUAUAAAUGGUUCCUCUCUACCGGCGUCCCUAGAUCGGUUUUUGCAACUGUGGACUACGAUCACCAUCGGUUACGGAGAGGAAUGCUUAGCCCAUACCUGUCCAAGCAGGCCAUUCGAACUCUGGAGCCUGUUAUCCAACAAAAGGUUAAAUCGCUCUGCAGGCAUAUGCAAGAAGCUCUAAAAACCGAUGAACCUUUGGAGUUGCAUAGGUGUUUCAUAUCUCUUGCGGUUGACAUCGUUUCUCAUCACGCAUUUGGAAAGUCAAACUGCUAUGAUCUUCUGCAGGAAAAAAAGUUGGAUGACAGGUGGAAAGAUGGAGUUACCGGGGUAUUUGCCAAAUUCCUUUUAACAAGACAUUUUCCUUGGUUGAUACAUGCUUUUCGGGUCCUUCCUCUUUGGGCGAGUACGAUUGUGGUACGGUCAUGCCCUGAUAUUUAUUUCAUUGAAAAGGAGAUAAAAUCCCGUAUGAAACAGGUUUACGUGAUGAACAAACAUGAACUUAAGGAGCCAUGUAUAUUUGCUGAAGUAAUGCAUGAUGAAAAACUUCCAGCCUCGGAACGAAAUCUCGGGAGGUUGACAGACGACGCAUUGUUUUUGAUAGUAGCUGGAACAGACGCUCCUUCCCAAGCUCUGGCUAUCACUAUGUUUCAUAUUUUGAACAAUAGUGAAGUAUAUGAAAAGUUACGGGAGGAGCUGAUGCGCGCGCUCCCGAAUCCACGGGUUGAUCCCCCUUUAGCUAUGCUUGAAACGCUUCCAUAUUUAACUGCGGUAAUAAAGGAAGGGCUUCGAAUAUCCGCUCUCGUCACUUCCCGGCUCCCACGCAUUUCUCCAGAUGGAAUUCUGGAAUACGUUAAUUGGAAGAUACCAGCAGGGACACCGGUUAGCAUGUCAAUAUAUCUGACAUUGAAAGACCCAUCCGCUUUUCCAGAACCACUAGUUUUCUCUCCUGAGCGAUGGAUGGAGCAAGGGAGUACAGGACUCAAUUUGGAGAAAUACUUGGUACCUUUCUCAAAAGGUAGCCAAGGGUGUUUGGGGCCGAAUAUGGCUUACGCCUGGUGUUAUAUUGGACUGGCUACCAUUUUCCGACGUUUCGAGCUUUCACUUUUCGAGACCACAGAAGAAAAUGUGACGAUCGUUCGGGAUUGUUUUAACGGGCAGACAAAACCGGGGAAUAAUAAGAUCAAAGUGAAAGUGCAAAGAGAUUUCACUUCAGCAUAG